AUGCCAACCGCGCAAUCCGUAAUGCUUGCGAUACACUGUAAGAAGGCGGAAACAGUCGAUUUGAAGAGUCCAUUGUUUGCUUACAUCCGAACUACGUAUUCUGACCGGGAGGCAGACGAUGCUGCCGACGACCUAGAGCGGGUUCAGAGCUUGCGCGCUGAGGUCGCUUUGGCUCAAAACGGUUCACAGCCUGGCGUACGUGAGACUCUUACCAAGUACUACCGCUACCUAAGCGCCAUUGAGACGCGGUUUCCCAUCAGCAAGGAAAAGGGUCACGCUCAGGUGUCCUUCGCCUGGAACGACGCGUUCCGGCCCUCCCGAAGGGUGGUCCAGUCCAACAUCCACUACGAGAAGGCGUGUGUGCUCUUCAAUUUGGCGAGUCUGGCCUCUCAGCAGGCGCUGCAGAGCGACAGAACCAGCGCCGAGGGGCUCACUGCAGCAUGCAAGCUCUACCAGGCGAGUCGGGACGAGGACGAGGCUUGCGGCACCUUCCAGCUGAUGCGCGAGGGCGAAUCCGGCAAGACCGACACCCCUCGGUCCGUGGACAUCACCACGGAGUGCUCGGUGCUGCUGGAGAAGCUCAUGUUGACACAGGCGCAGGAGUGUGUAUACCACAAGGCGGUGAUCGACAAGAAGAGCCCCAUCGUGCUCGCCAGGCUGGCUAAGCAGACCGGAAGCAUGUACGCGGAGGUUGAGCGCCUCUUCGACGGCCCCGCUCUCGUCAAUUACUUCGAUAAGAGCUGGGCGCAACACGUGCAGCUGAAGGCCAGCAUAUACCAGGUCGAGGAGCUGAUCCAGUCCAGCCGGCAGUACCAUGCGGAUGACAAGAUCAACUGGGAGAUUGCGGCACUCAAGGAGGCCUUCGCCAGGCUGCAGAACACGCGGCGUAUCGCCAAGGGCAUCAACAGCGACAUGAUUGAGAGCGUCAACCGGACGCAGGAACUGGUCCAGUCCUUGCUGGCGAAGGCGGAGAAGGAGAACAACUCCAUCUACCUCAUGAAGGUUCCCGCCUUUUCUGAGCUGCCGGUGACCUCGGGAGCCCUGCUGGUGAAGUCGGCCGCCCCCUCCGCGGGCAGUUUGGAUGCGGCAGGGGAGCAGCUGUUCGCGGGGCUGGUGCCGGAAAACAGCGCCCGCGCUCUGUCCAAGUACACCGACCAGGUGGAUGAGCUGCUACGUCAGCAACUGGACAGGCUGGCGGCGGCAACCGACAACGCACGGAUCAAAUUCAGGGAGUGGGAGCUGCCGGAGACGUUGCAGGCUCUCGACGUGCGCACCUCGGCAGCCCUCCCGGAUGGCCUGAAGUACGAGCUGGAGGAGGUGGAGAACAUCGGGGGGCUCAACCACAUCAAGGGGAUCCUGUCGGAGAUCGGGGAGCUUCGCAAGGAGGUGGACGGGGACCUGCUGUCGGCGCAGCCUUGUACCCGCCGCACUGUGGUGUCCAUGACGGCUCAGGAGUCUUUGGAUGCCGACGCCAGAGCGGAUGGCGAGGCGCGGACCAGGUACGGCGACAAUUGGCGGCCACAACCGGCAGCUACUGCCUCCAAGCCGUACUGGGACCGCAUCUCGCAGUACAGGUCCGCCAUGCAGAAGGCGGGUGACAGCGACCAGGGGGUGCUGAGGAGGCUGACGGAGCAUGAGACCUCAUUCGCCAGCCUCAAUGUGGAGGCGGCGGCAGCACAGAUGCCCCGGCUGCAGGCCCCCCUGGUGGUCACGGGUCCGGAGGAUCCCGCAGUGGUGGUGGCCACCUUGCGAAGGAAUAUGGACGCACUGCAGGCUCUUGCCAACGAGCGGGGUGGCAUGGAGGAGGCGUUCAAGGCCCUUAAGAACCGGGACAACGUGCUGGCCAAGGUCAUGGCCACGCCACCUCAAAACCACGACGCGCUAUUCAAGGAGGAGCUGAAAAAGUACGAUUCGCUGAUUGCUGACGUGGACAAGAACCUGGCAGCGCAGGACAGCCUGCUGGCCGCCACUCAGGCCGCCAACGGCACUUUCCGAGCGCUGUUCGAUGUGGACGGGUGGCGGGCGGCGUGUGAGACGGCGGCGACGGGCAUCCGGGAGUCUGUCCGGCAGUACCGCGAGCUGCUAGACCACUGUUCUGAGGGGCUGCGGUUCUACCUAGGGAUGAGUGACGUGGUGCGGAAGGCCAAGCAGGAGGCGGCGGACUUUGCUUACACGCGCCAGCAUGUGCCCUACUCGCUAUGUCCGUGUGUCGUCGUAAUGUACGGCCGGCAGGUCCAGCGGGACGAGCUCGUGCAGGAGAAUGAUCGGCGGGUGGCGCAGGAGGAUGCGGACCGAUUGGCUGCUAGGAUGGCUGCGGCUGCAUGCCGCCGUGUACUCUCCCACGGCGCCGGCGCCAGGAGGGCUUCCCCCACCACCGCCGCCGUCGUCCUCACCGUCGUACUCGCCCUCGGUACAGCCGUCGACCUCAACGCCGCCGCAGCACCCACCGCCGCCGCCGCAGCAUCAGCCGUACGGCGCUCCACCGCCGCAACCGCAUUAUCCCUAUGCAGCGUCGCCGCCGCCGCCGCCGCCAGGGUCACAGGGUUACGGGGCACCGCCGCCGCCGCCGCCUUCGGCUCCUGGGAGCUACCCGUACGGAUAUCCUCCGUACGGCGGGUACCCGCACGGCGCGCCGCCACCACCGCCAGCUUUCGGGCAGCCACCGCCGCCGCCGCAUUAUGCUGCACCACCGCCACCCCCACAGCAGCCGUCGUACCCGUACCCGCCGGCUGGCUGCAGCAACGGCUUCGACGCCUCACGUACGAGCCUGUACAGGCGUGCGAGGAGUGCCUGGGUCUGGAAGACCAGGGUGCAGGCGGGUCUUGUAUCCGGCCAGCCCCAUAUGCCUGCGCUGCCGUGCCGCCUCCAAAGCGCGGGCAGCAACAGCAGCAGGCGUAG